AUGGAUAUUCAUUAUAGAUUAGUAAAAAUACAGAGAAGCAUUGUUAAGACCUUUUCGGUGCAAAUAACGGCUGUUAUAGCUAGCAUUUUUAUCAGCAGUAUUUUCUAUCCAUUUUUUAUUUACUAUGAAUUUAGGAUCAAUAAAAGAUAUGACGCCUGUGGAUUAUGGUUAAGUUGGAUAAUAAUGUUUUCUUUUGAAUCUUUUUAUGUCGCUUUACUAUGCCAUAGAACUUCAAAAUCCCUCAAAAACACUGGUAAAAUAAUACAUCGAAUAUUAGAUUUGUCAUCUAAUAUUUCAGUUAGAUCGGAGGAAAUAUGGAAAAAGCUACUUAUAUUCUCUAGACAAGUAAAACUAGCCAGAGUAAAGUUUUCAGCUAUGGGUUUUUUUGAAAUUAAUGCCUCCAUACUAUUUUUGGGUUUGAGUGGAUCUUAUACACAUCUCAUACUCAUGGUUCAAUAUGAAGAAGGAAUUCAACUCCUAUGUUUUAAUAAGACUAUAAUUUAA